AUGGCCUCUGAGAGCGCCGCAGAGGUGUUCUCGCCACAAAAUGUCCUCGCCGGCAUGGUCACAAUGCGGGGCCACGACGCCUCCAAGAAGAAGGCCGCCAUGGACUAUCUUGCCAAGUUCCAGAAAUCGGAGAGCGCCUGGUCUGUCACAAUUACAAUCCUUCAGUCUUCCGUCGAGGCAGAAGCCAUGCUGUUCGCUGCGACAACAUUGAAGGGCAAGAUCACAUUUGACCUCACCACUCAGGUCCGGCCGGACGACCUCCCCGGGUUGCGCAACCAGAUUCUCCUGCUGCUAAAGAAAUUUGCCCCUGGCCCACGACCUGUGCGCAUCCAGCUGUGUGUGUGUCUUGCCAUCCUGGCUAUACAGAUGACCGAGUGGAAGGAUGUCCUCGCCACCGUUGUCUCUGCCCUGGGCAGCGACGUGGAGAGCCACGCCUGCAUUCUCGACUUCUUGCGCGUCCUACCCGAGGAGGUCACCGAAGGUCGCAAGAUCACCCUCUCCGAAGAAGAGCUGGCCGAUCGAACACGAGAGCUACUUGGCGACAACGCCGAGCAGGUCAUCCAGCUACUCACCUCUUAUGCCCAGUCAUCUCCCGCCGCCGCCAAGAAUCCUCUUUUGCUAGAAUGCAUCACCUCUUGGCUUCGGGAAGUCCCUGUAAACACCAUUGUCAACUCCCCGCUACUCAACGUCAUCAUUUCGGCCAUUGGGAGCGAUGACUCCAUCCAGGCUGCUGCCGACUGUCUGGGCUCGCUCUGCCGGGAAACGAGGGACGUUGAUGACAAUCUCGAGACCAUCCAGGCCCUGCUUCCGCGCAUCAUCGAGCUUCGGCCGAACAUUCGCAGGUUCGCUGAGGAUGAGGACAAGGAGUGCUUCAAGUCUCUGACGCUGCUCUUUGCGGAUGCUGGCGAUUCGUGGGUUGUGGCGAUUGCCCGUGAACCCAUCCAUUUCCGCCCUCUUGUCGAUGCGCUGUUGGAGUGUGCAGCUUUGGACAAGGAGUGUGACGUGAUCCGCUAUACGUUUGGAUUUUGGUACGAGCUGAAGCAGUAUCUGGUGCUGGAACGCUACAUUGAGUCUCGUCUCCAGCUCGUCGAUGUCUAUUCGAAGCUUGUUGACAUCCUGCUGCAGCGCUUGCAGUACCCUCCCUCCGAAACUGGCGAUGAUACCGUCACGGACCUAUUUGACGGCGAUCGAGAGCAGGAAGAAAAGUUUCGCGAGUUCCGCCACCACAUGGGCGACACGCUGAAAGACGCUUGUGAGGUUAUGGGCGUCACUGAGUGUCUGACUAAAGUUCUCAAUGCCAUUAGGAUCUGGAUGCAGACGUACGCUUCGCAGGUGUCAGCUACUUCGGUACCACACUGGCAGGAGCUUGAGGCCCCCUUGUUUUCCAUGCGAGCACUCGGCCGCAUGGUCGGCAAGAAGGAGGAGUCCGUGCUGCCGCAACUUAUGCCACUCCUGGUGCAGAUUCCGAACCACGAGAAGCUCCGAUUUGCCACCAUCAUGGUCUUUGGGCGCUACACCGAGUGGACGACAGCUCACCCGACCUUCCUCGAGCCGCAGUUCAACUUUAUCGUGUCCUCCUUCCAGAGCGAAUCGAAGGAGAUCAUCCGCGCGGCUGCCCAAGCAAUCAAGUUCUUCUGCACGGACUGCCGAGAGCUGUUGAGCGGCCAGGUGGUGCAGAUGCAGCAAUUCUACGACCAGAUUUUGGACAAGCUCCCGGAGAUGAGCCAGGAGGAGAUGACCGAGGGCGUGGCCAGCGUCGUUGCCGUACAGGACCCCGGCGACGUCUACAAGCUGCUUAAGCUGUACUGCGAUCCUCUGAUCGAGCGCCUGAUGCGCAAAGCCAAUGCCGCCACGACCGAGGGAGGCAAAUUGGCUGUUGCAGACCACUUGCAAUUGAUCACGAUCUUUGUGCAGAACGUGAUACCAUCGGUGCCCAAAGGCCAGGAGAACCCGGCGGUCAAGUACUGGAGCGAGGUGUUCCACGUGCUCUCGACGGUGCUGGAAAACUUCCUCAACUUCACACCGAUCUGCGAGCGUGUCUGCCGGUGUUGGCGGUUUAUGAUCAUCUCGUACCGCACGGACAUGACACCGCUGCUAGCGGCCAUGGCCAACAAGCUGGCGGAGGGAUUUACAGUGUCAAAGCAAGGAUGUUUCCUCUGGGUAACGGGGGCGAUUUUGCGCGAAUUUUCGGAAAAUCGCGAGCACGUGGAGGCACAGAUCACGGAGUCGAUCUACGUGUUCUUCGAGUCGCAGGCAACGAGCGUGCUGCGCGUGAUGAGCGCCCUGCCACCAGCCGAGCUUCCGGACGUGAUCGAGGACUUCUUCCGGCUGCUGGUGGAUGCGCUGCUGUACUACCCACACAAGCUGAUCCCGUCGGCGCUGUUCACGCCAAUAUUCGAAGCAGCCAUCUCGGCGUUGGCGCUGGAGCAGCGCGACCCGUUGUCGGCGACGCUGCACUACCUGCGCGACCUGUUGACGUACGGCGGGUCGAAUCCGGCGCAGUCGGGCGGGCUUCCGGCCGAGACGGCGGCCCAACUGCGGCUGAUCGUGCAGCAGCUGCUGGCGGUGCGCGGCGAGGUGCUAGUGAAGCAGGUGCUGGCCGGCAUGAUGAUCACGUUCCCGCGCGACUGCUUUGCCGACGGCAGCGGCGUGCUUCUGUCGAUGUUUGAGCUGCUGCCGGCCGAGACGACGGCCUGGCUGGACCGCACGCUGCAGAUGCUUCCGGCGGGCACAGUGGCGCCAGACGAGGUGAGCCGGCUGAUUGUCAAGAUCCGCGACCGGCUGCAGAACCCCAGUCAGGGCGGGCUGCGCCAAGUGCGCGCGCUGCUGCAAGACUUUACCAACUCCUAUCGGCGGCGAUACAUUGCGCCGCGGGACGGUCUCGGCGAGUUGGAGGCCACGCGCUUCCACUUUGCCGGCUGA